CGAUGUUAUGCUAUCAUAACCGAUGACACCUACUACAAAAUUUUCGGAAAGACAUUUUUUGAGAAUUCACGAACUCUUAAUUCGUAUUUCUUUUUAAGGAUUCCAGAUGAGGAGGAUUUAAUGUCACCAAACUAUCAGACAGUUAGAAUAUUGAAAGAAAUUCAAACACAAAAUUGUGAUUUGCAUAUCAUUUUGUUGUCUAAUGGCAAUCAAGCGAGGAGGUUUAUGAUGUUUGUUGAUGAAAAUCGAAUAUUGGAUACUCGAGCAAAAUUUAUUUUGCUUUACGAUCAUCGGGUUUUAGCUGAGGAUAUGAUAACAAUAUGGAGGAAUAUUUUGCAAGUUGUUUUUAUAAGAUGGCAAAAUGUACCAAUGAGUGAGCAUGAUACCGAAAGCAAAGAACUAAGCCUGCUGACUAUUCCUUAUCCAAAUAUUUUGAGUGGGAUUCUUUCAACACAAAAACUUCUAAAAUGGAAAAACCAUAGAUUAAGUAAGAAAAUAACUUUAUUUCAAGACAAAACAAAAGAUUUAAAAGGAGUUGCUUUAAGAGUUGUAGCCUUUGAACAUGUACCGAUGGUUAUGAAACUUAAAAAUGGUAACUUUUCCGGAGUUGAAGUAGAAAUUAUUCGAUCGUUAGAAAAAGCUUUGAAUUUCAAACCUUAUUUCUAUGAAACUAAUGACGCGGACACAGAAAGGUGGGGAAAAAUGCUACCUAAUCGUAGCUAUACCGGUCUUAUUGGAGAAAUGAUCAAACGACAGGCAAAACUAGCUAUAGGUGAUCUUCAGCUUAAUGCUUUGUACUCUACUGUCAUGGAUAUGAGUGAGCCUCAUACUUACGAGUGUAUGACAUUUCUAACUCCAGAGUCUUCAAAAGAUAAUUCAUGGAUGACGCUGAUUUUGCCAUUUAGUGGUCACGUUUGGGGUGCUGUAAUAGCAGGCCAGCUUGCUGUCGGCACGAUAUUCUAUUUAAUUUCUUAUACACAUUCGGUCAAUAUUGCUGGUGCUUCACACAGGAAUCAAGUUUUUUUCUCAAUCUUUCGGAAACGUAAAACAACCAUUAAUCCAAAACGUUUUCGCGAUGUUAAAUUUCGUUCUUUGCUAAAUCGACGAAUACCACGCCAGACUCCAAAUGAUUUGUUUGAUGAUUAUUCCAACUGUAUUCUUCUAACGUAUAGUAUGUCUUUGUUUGUGUCAUUGCCAAAAAUGCCCAAGAAUUGGCCAUUACGUAUACUGACAGGUUGGUAUUGGAUGUACUGCAUAAUGCUGGUGGUUUUUUAUAGGGCAAGUUUUACUGCUAUUUUAGCUAAUCCAGCUCCAAGGAUAACUAUUGAUACAAUUGAAGAACUUUCUAAAAGUCGAAUCACUGCCAGUGUAUGGGGAACAGAAAAUAAGAAAUUUUUUGAGGAAGCCUUUGACGAAGUUGCUCAGGAUAUAAGUGAAAAACUGGAAUUGAUUGAUGAUAUUUAUGGAGUUACUGAUCGGAUUGCAAAAGUUAGGAAGUAUGCGAAGGGAAGAUACUGAAAUCUUACACAUAAUGAAGGAAUGUGUUGUCCAUAUGCCGAUUUCAAUUGGAAUGGAGAAAAAUUCACCAUUCAAACCGAAUGUUGACAAGUAUCUCAGUUGGAUGAAAG